GCCUGGAUGCGCGCGACGACGUGAGGUCUCGAGCUGGGAGCGCGUCUCGACCAACCCAUCCUCAUCUGUUCCGUCCACAUUGGGUCUUCUACAACCUAGACUGAGCAAUCGUGGGAUUCUUCCAGGUUGGGCAAGAUGGGUAUCAAACAUCUUUACCAAGUCAUCGCGGAGAACGCGCCAGAUGCCAUCAAGGCAGGUGAAAUCAAGAAUCAUUUCGGCCGGAAGGUCGCAAUUGAUGCGUCGAUGAGUAUCUACAGUUUCCUCAUCGCUGUCCGCUCAGAUGGCCAGCAGCUCAUGAGCGAUACCGGCGAGACGACGUCGCAUCUGAUGGGCAUGUUCUACCGCACUCUCCGGAUGGUCGAUAAUGGCAUCAAGCCACUUUAUGUCUUCGAUGGCGCGCCGCCCAAACUCAAGUCGGGAGAACUGGCGAAGCGCACCGCGCGCAAGGCCGAAGCCACGGAAGCCCAUGAAGAAGCCAAAGAAACCGGUACGGCUGAGGAUAUCGAGAAGUUCUCGAGACGGACAGUCCGUGUCACGAGGGAGCACAAUGCAGAGUGCAAAAAGCUAUUGAAGCUCAUGGGUGUCCCUUACAUCGAUGCUCCGACUGAAGCAGAGGCGCAAUGUGCGGUCCUAGCGCGAGCGGGAAAGGUCUACGCGGCUGCAUCUGAGGAUAUGGAUACUCUGUGCUUUGAAGCGCCAAUCUUACUGCGACAUCUUACUUUCAGUGAACAGAGAAAGGAGCCCAUCCAGGAGAUCCAUCUAUCGCGCGUGCUCGAGGGCAUGGAUAUGUCCCGGGAGCAGUUCGUCGAUCUCUGUAUCUUGCUCGGUUGUGAUUAUUUGGAACCUAUCCCGAAAGUAGGGCCAAACACGGCGCUGAAGUUGAUUCGGGAGCAUGGCAGCCUAGAGAAGGUCCUCGAGAGUUUCGAGAAGGACCCCAAGAAGAAGUAUGUCGUUCCCGAGCACUGGCCUUAUCAGGACGCGCGGGAACUCUUCCUUCACCCGGACGUGCGGCCCGCCGAUCAUCCAGACUGCGAUUUCAAAUGGGAAAACCCGGAUGUUGAGGGUCUGGUCGACUUCCUAGUGAAGGACAAGGGCUUCAGCGAAGACCGGGUCCGCAACGCCGCCGCUAAGCUGCAGAAGAAUCUGAAGACGGCACAACAGUCACGUCUGGAGGGUUUCUUUAAGCCCGUUGCUCGAACAGAUGAGGAAAAGGCAAACCUGAAGCGCAAACACGAGGAAAAGCUCGAGGAGCAGAAGAAGCGCAAGAAGGAAGAAGCCAAGGCUAAGAGGGAGGCCAAGGCCAAGCCUCGAGGCACAGCUUAAGCUGUUGGCAAGAUUUCCAACUACAAAAGACCAAAGAUGAUACCAACGGGGCGAUAAAAGCCAAACCAAAAAAAAAAAUACGAUGGCCAAAAUUUGCCAUAUAGGUUUGAUGCAUAGCGGUUGGGACUGGCGUUCUGUUUAAUUGCGUGCGGUCGGAUGAUUUUCGUUUGAGCUAGAGAACGACGCUUGCGGAUCGGAUCCGACAGCUGCGCGUCGUAGUGGACAUGCAGAGCAUGUGCAACUUAUUCUCUACACGAUGGAAAAUGUACACAGAGUCGAUAUUUAAUUCAUCCUAUACUGUUCAAAUGAGCCCUCCUGCAAAAAAUUAAAGGCCCCGGACUUGAUUUGCGUCUAGGAUCAGCAACCAUAUUCGGCACUAAUCAGCAACUCGAGGCGUGAUCUUAUAGCACAUAAAGAAUUAUACCUCAUGUAAUCCCCUUUACGAAAUUCUCCAG